AUGGCAACCAUCUGCUGCUACGCUCGCAAGCGUUCGCCGUCAGCCCACACAAUGCAGGAAGUGGGCAGUAGCCAGCGAGGCUCACAGCAUGCCUUCAGUGUCCUCGAUCGUCUACUGGUCACACAUCCUGUGUGGCUGCAGCUGUCACUCAGCCGAGACUCUGCCCUCUACAUCCUGCUCCGAGAGCCUGUUGGGACAUUUUUAGUGCGUAAAUGCAGCUCCAGCCAGAGGAAAGUGCUGUGUUUUAGAGUGACGGCGGACAGAAGUGUCUCCUCUGUUAAGGAGUGCUUCGUCUGUGAGGAGGACUCCACAUUCGCCUUGGAGAGCUCAGCACUAGGCUUCCCCGAUUUGUGUCGUCUGGUGGCCUUCUAUUGCAUCAGCAGGGAUGUGUUGCCUUUCCCGCUGCAGCUACCAGAGGUCAUCGCUAAGGCCACAACACAAAGGCAGCUGGAAGCCAUUUCACACAUGGGACAAGCAGACAAGGCAAACUAUGCUCUGCAGCUGGAGGUUAGCAAGCAACCACAACUCGCCAACCACAGUGCCUCUAAUAAACGGCACCGUUUCAAGCGAAGCAUGCGGCUCCGGCUCUCCGAGUCCUCCAUGAACCUGUCCCUUGAGGGGGUCGGCUCCUUCUCACCUCCCCCGUCAGUGGAGCAGCCCGGUGGGUCAGAGAGGCUGCAGAAGGCUGACACUAACCCUCAGAGGAGAGUUCAUGCUGGGGCAGGGGUCUUGAGGAGAACCCCCGCUGUGUCACCAGGUUCUGCAGAGGAAGAGGACAUGCCUCCUGUCUAUGUGCCGCAAACAUCUGCCAAGGUAGAGGAGCCUCCAAAGCCCCAGCAGGUAGCCCCAGCAGAGGAGCCGGGCAUUGAGGUGGCAGUUCUGGCCCUUGAACGCCGCCCAGCUCCAUCCCUGGCUGAGCUGGACAGCAGCAGCUCCUUCAGCAGCAUGGAUGAGGACAAUGACUCUGAUUCAGAUCCAGAAAGCAUGACCCAAACCAAAACACACACCUACUUUCGUCCCCCACUUGUGCGCUCCCGAGGCCGCGGUGGGCUGCACCGCAUGAGCGAAGCGUUUGUGUGUUUCUUUGCUCCGGACAAGCGGCUGACGCGGCUGGUGGAGGAGUUGUCCAGAGACAGGCGUUCCAUCUUUGGAGGCAUGGUUCAGGACUUCCUCCUGGCACAGAGAGAGGUGCUCAAAUCUAUGACCUCGUCUUCUUCUUCUUCGUCUUCUUCCUCAUCACGCGUGACCUCUGUGCAGCUCCUGCAGAGUCUGCGGCUCUUCCUGUCCCAGGCCAAGUCCUGCCUGCUGGACAGCGGAGAGCUGGAGCCUCCUAUUGAAACCCUGGUGCCAGAGAAUGAGAAAGAUCUGGCGCUGGAGCGGGCCAUGUUCUCCUGUGUGCUCAGGCCCCUGAGGUCACACCUUGAGAAAGCCCUGGUGGCGCUGCACAGUCAGGACGGCUCCAGCCAGCGUCUCACCCAGAACCUGCUCCGUCUGAAAGGGGACGCCACCAUGGAGAGGCUCGGCGUGCGGACAGGUGUCCCGGACAGUCGCGAGGUGGAGAGGGUGAAGCAGAAGCUGGUCUUGAUGCAGAGGACGCACUCGCCUAUCGACAAGGUGCUGCUGCUGCUGCAAGUGUGCAAGUGUGUCCUCAAGGCCAUGGGGUCCUUGCAUGGACAGGACGUGAGCUGGGACGACUUCCUGCCGUCACUGUCUUAUGUAAUUGUGGAGUGUAACAGGCCUCACAUCCUGUUAGAGGUGGAGUACAUGAUGGAGCUGCUGGAGCCCUCCUGGCUUGGAGGAGAGGGUGGGUACUACCUGACCAGUGUCUAUGCCAGUCUGUGUCUGAUCCAGAGCCUGGACCGGGAGCAGCCGUUCUCCAGCUGCCUGCUACCCGAGGCCCAGGAAGCGCUGAAGGAGUGGAGCUGCAGACGGAGCCGAGAAGCCCACAGACAAAAGGAGAAGCAGCAGAAACAGAGGUGCGUUCGGAUACUGUUCCAGGACGGGGAGCGGAGUGCCGUGCGGACGUUACAGUGGAGAGCCGGGGAGAGCAGCCAGGCCCUGGCGCAGCUGUGUGCCGCCACCUUUGGAGUGUCCGACCCGCAGCAAUACACCCUGUACUGGCGCAGCGGUGGUGAGAUGAGGGCCUUGCCGCCUCAGGCCCAGCCCCAGGACCUGGCCAGUCACAGCGAGGGAGGCCCCUCACUCUCCUACCUGAGGACCGACCACGACUUCAGCAAGAUGCGACGGCUUACCAGAGGUGGCGCCGUAGACCUGAGCGAGUCAGUGUGUGAGGAGUGAGUGGGAGGGAUGGAGGAAGGAGGGAGGAGGAGGAGGAGAUGGAUGGGCACUUGUGCUUUCAGUCUCUUUCUCUCUCUUGCUCUGUCUCUUUCUCUCCAGCGGUGUGUUGUGUCUCGUUGUCGGUCAGGACUUGUUGUGAAAAACUGCAGACCUUAAAUGGUAAACUCUUCCCUAAAUGGACCAACACGCAGAGCAGAGCAGAGCAGGACCAACUUAGGUACUGUUGCCAAAAGUUGUACUAUGUACCACUCAGUGUGGCUGCUAUUGUAAAGGAGUGUACUGUUUGUGACAUGGAAAAAUCUUUAAUAAAUGGAUUUGGUUGUCAUUUGAAACAUAAACCUAGAGAUAUACCAUGAAGGUGAUUACAUCACUGAACCAUGAGCAGACUCAAAUCCAAAGACAGAUUCUGGGAGAUUUCUGUUGCCUGGAAACAAAAUCACUUCCUGUAGACACACAAGAAGGCAAAUUGUCCCCUGUGGUGAUGUAACCCUUUCAUGGUAGUAUAGUUCUGGGCAAAAUCUAAAAGACACUUGUUUUAUUACUUCAGUUUUAUGUAUAAAAGUCUGCAAAUCUUUGGAUGGAACCAUGUUGUCACAGGGUUUGUGGACACAAACCUUUAUGCGCCUCCUGGAAUAUAGUUUGGCAGAAAGGUGAGAUGUGUUAUAUACCCAAGACCAAACCACAAUACCAAAGUUAAAAAAAAAAAA